GGUGCGUGUGGAAAGUGGGUAAGGAGGGCAGCGGAGGAGCGGACUGAUGACAGCUGUCAGUGGGAACAAAAACACUGCCAAUAUCUGAGGAGAACACGAAUGGCUGCCCCGUAAACCGGCAACAAAAAGGGGAGCUCUCGUCGGUAGCAUCGCUGGUCACUUGAAGGUGUUGUAAAGGUAUUUAACUACAGUCUUGUGAAAUUUCUGGACACAUUAUUGGUGGUACUUGAAUUCCAGCAGCAACAUGGGGACACAAGGAUCGGGAAGAAAGCGUGCCCCUCUUAAAGAUCGGUUCUCAGCAGAGGAUGAGGCCUUGAGUAGUAUUGCACGGGAGGCGGAGGCAAGGCUUGCCGCGAAGAGGGCAGCUCGGGCGGAGGCCAGGGAUAUUCGAAUGAGGGAACUCGAACGGCAGCAAAAAGAGCUGGAUGAAAAAUCUGACAAGCAGUAUUCAGAUUACAGCCGGCCGUCCUCCCGCUGCGCCACCCCAGGCCUCUCAGCCGCCACCUUGGCCUCACUGGGCGGAACCUCAUCACGACGGGGCAGCACCGACACCGGCAGCGUCUACGACCCGGACACCAGUCUGAGUGAACUUAGGGAUAUCUAUGAACUAAAGGACCAGAUUCAGGAUGUAGAAGGGCGAUACAUGCAAGGGCUUAAAGAGCUGAAGGAGUCACUGGCGGAGGUAGAGGAGAAGUAUAAGAAAGCCAUGGUAUCAAAUGCACAGUUGGACAAUGACAAAGCCAACCUCAUCUAUCAUGUGGACACACUCAAGGAUGUUAUAGAGGAAAUGGAGGAGCAGAUGUCGGAGAUGAAGAGAGAGCUGGAAGAAAAGUCAAAGGAACUAGAAAGACAGAAACACACAUGUACAGUCCUGCAGCACAAACAAGAAGAACUGAAAGAAGGACUCCGCCAGAGGGACGAGCUCAUAGAGGAGAGCCAGAAAAUGCAGACUAAGUUAGAUGCCCUCACCCGAGAGGUGUUUGACCUGCAGGAAACGAUAAACUGGAAGGACAAAAAGAUUGGGGCCCUAGAGAGGCAGAAAGAAUACUUUGAUUGCAUUAGGAAUGAGAGGGAUGAGCUCAGAGAUGAGCUCGCUGACAUCAAGGGGAAGGCCAAAGGCGGAGAGAAACACGGUCUGGUCAUCAUCCCAGAGGGAACGCCGAACGGAGACAUCAACCACGAGCCUCUGUCCUCAGGGAUCACCGUGGUCUCCCAGGAGGCUGCCCAGGUUCUGGAGUCUGCCGGAGAGGGCCCGCUUGACGUCAGGCUACGGAAGCUGGCCGAGGAGAAGGACGAGCUGCUGGCUCAGAUCAGGAAGUUGAAGAAUCAGCUGGAGGAGGAGAAGCAGAAACACUCGAAGAUGGACAGCGCAUACACGGACGGAGAGAGGAUGGAGAACGGUACAGACCUGCACUUUAUCGAGAUGCAGAGAGACGCCAACAGACAGAUUAGUGAAUACAAGUUUAAACUAUCGAAGGCGGAGCAGGAAAUGGGUACGAUGGAACAAAACAUUAACAGACUCGAAGGUCAGGUAUCCAGGUACAAGGCAGCGGCCGACAACUCAGAGAAAAUAGAAGAUGAACUGAAAGCAGAAAAAAGGAAACUUCAAAGAGAGCUGCGUACGGCUCUAGAUAAGAUCGAGGAGAUGGAGAUGACCAACAACCACCUAGUGAAGCGGCUGGAGAAGAUGAAGGCCAACAGGAACGCCCUGCUGUCGCAGCAGUGAGGUGGUGGCUGCGUCGCCAUGGAAACCCUUAAACUCGCACCUCAGACCUCUGACUGCCACGCCGUGUCUGGAGCACAUUUCCACUUCAGCUCUAACACUUCAACAUUUGUAGCUAACCAAAAAAAAAAAAAAAAAAAAACAACUUGUAGCACAGGAGGAAACUGAACUGUGUCCUUUUUUUUUUUUUUUUUUUUUUUUUUAAACCAUUCAUUGGUUUUGUCUGGUGAGCCACCAGAAUUUUGGGGAAACGACUCAGAAACUUAACUAAUAAAACUCUAAAGUUGCUGCAGAA